GGAACUGGACCACCCUAACCUGUGUAAGUUCUUUGGGGGCUGUGUGGAGAUUCCUAACGUAGCCAUCAUCACAGAGUACUGUCCUAAAGGAAGCCUGAAUGAUGUCCUGAUGAACGAUGAGAUACCUCUCAACUGGGGAUUCAGGUUCUCCUUUGCCACAGAUAUAGCCCGGGGAAUGUCCUACCUCCACCAACACAGGAUCUGUCAUGGCCGCCUCAAAUCACUCAACUGUGUUCUGGAUGACCGCUGGGUCUGCAAGAUCACUGAUUACUGUCUGACCAUCUAUCGAAGGGAGGAUGCAGCGGAACCCCUGUCAUCCUAUCAGAUGAGACUGAGAGAGGUGUACACGCCUCCUGAGUGCCAGACAUCCAACCAGGAACCGACCCUGCCCGGGGACGUCUUCAGCUACUCUAUAAUUCUGUUGGAGAUAGCCACUCGCAGUGACCCUGUCCCGGUUGAGGACAGUUCUCUCGAGAGUGCUUGGUGCCCCCCACUCCCAGAACUAAUCUCCGGCAAGGCCGACAACACCUGUCCCUGUCCCGCAGAGUACGUCGAGCUCAUCAGAAGGUGCCGGUCUCAUAACCCAGUCCACCGGCCCACCUUCGAGCAGAUCAGGAAGUUCGUCUAUCGGAUCAACCCCAAUAAAGUUAGCCCUGUGGACAUGAUGAUGAACCUGAUGGAGAAAUACAGUAAGCACCUGGAGGUCCUGGUAGCAGAGAGGACCCAGGAUUUGAUGCAUGAGAAACAGAAGACUGACCGACUGCUCUACAGUAUGCUCCCGAAGCAGGUAGCUGACGAUCUGAGGCAGGGGAAACCAUUGCAGGCCCAGAGUUAUGUGAGCGCUACUGUCUUCUUCAGUGACAUCGUAGGGUUCACCCACCUCUCCAGCACCAGCACUCCUUACCAAGUGGUCGACUUCCUCAAUAAGCUCUACACGACUUUUGAUGACAUCAUCGACAACUAUGACGUGUACAAGGUGGAGACCAUAGGGGAUGCCUACAUGGUGGUGUCUGGGAUACCCAGGGAGAAUGGGAUCCAGCACGCAGCAGAGAUCUCCAGCAUGGCUCUGGACCUGGUCGGUGUGUGUCGGACCUUCAGGAUACCACACAAACCCAACACACAACUACAGAUACGGGCUGGGAUACACUCAGGUCCAGUGGUAGCCGGUGUGGUCGGGACCAAGAUGCCUCGCUACUGUCUGUUUGGAGACACGGUCAACACCUCCUCUAGGAUGGAGUCCACCAGCGAGGCCCUCAAGAUUCAGGUCAGCUCCAGUACAUUCUACCUCCUAGAGGAGAUAGGAGGAUACCUGCUGCAAUGUAGAGGGAUGCUGCAAGUCAAGGGUAAAGGGGACAUGGUAACCCAUUGGUUGGAAGGGAAGCUGCCUCUCCAGCCCAGUAAGGACCCUGGUGUGAAGGACCCCAUUAAGGACCCCAGCACUAAGGUGGCCAGCAGGAAGCCUACAUCCAGUAUGUCUGUGCUGGACACGGACAGAGACAGAGAGCUGGAGAGAAGAGAGAGGACGGGAGAGAGAGACAGAGAGAAAGAGAUGUACGCCUCAAUCCCUGGGCUCCUCAACCAUGACCUGUUGCAGGACUCAGCCUGACCCCUGACCUCUAACCCAUUCCACUGUUGUGUACUCUUAUAAAUGAAUCCUCUCUAUAGUGUCUGCUAACACUUCCUAUCCACGUCGGUGUAUUUGUAUCUAUUGUGUGUCUGUUUUGACUAUUCUGUUUAAUUGUCUUUAUCCGAUAAGGCGUUAAAUAUCUAGACAGCUGUUUUUCAAAAAGUAUAAUAUUGAGUUCGAUCAAUUAAAUGUGUGUUUAUUUAGUGACAAAGUUUAAACGUUUAAAGUAUUUAAUUUAGUUAUUCGAUGGUAUGACGACGCUGAAUAAAAAACA